ACAAGUAUCGUUCGCCUGCCCAUUGUUAAAAAUUGAUGUUUUUUUUUUUUCUACGUGACAUUUCAAUCUAGUUUCCAGUAAUAAUUCCAGUAAGUAAAUUCUAGUGGCACUUGAAAUCGUGAUAAAGGGCAACAUGAUCAAUCCUAUGAAAUUGCGAUUUUAUAACGAAAGAUUUGAGAAAGAAAAAAAAUAUUUUCGAUUGCAUGAAAAAUUUGUAGCUAUCGCGCGAACAAAACCAUUAACCGGUAAAUUUUACGCGAAACAUGACGUGAUUCCAGAAUGCGAGAUCCGACAAGAAUAUAUCGAUUUGAUUUCGAAACGACUACUUCUUACCCCAAAGGAUAUUUAUACGUUCAAGCCACCGACAGUGAAUAUGGAGUACGGUUGGUUUUCCGAACUUUUGAUACCUCGAACGAAAGAUCCAAGAUUAUGCUUCCCUAAAAGGCAAACAGAUUUCAUAUCUAAUGAGCUUAAAAUACGUCACAUACAAAGAGGUUUACCGAUCGAAAAAUUUGUCGGAAUACCAUUCAAAGUUUAAAGCAUGCCGUAUGAUACUAACGAUCGUCGAUAAAAUUCAAUAU